AUGCAGAUGGCCGAGACACGUGACUUAAAAGAAGUGCCCAGUGAGCACGCGACUGUUGUUGACAUGAAACCCUCUGGGGGAAACGUUGCUGUGAAUGGUAACAGCGCGGGCGGUGUUGGUGAUAUGAAGGCUGAAGGCGGUGCGACUGCGGUCGGAGCGGCGGUCGUGGCUACUCCUGCAGCAACACCAGAAGCUGUUCCAGAGGAGACUGUUCCAGAGGAACAACCUGUUUCAACUGAGGCGGAGCCAACGGCAGCAGCAGCAGCAGAACCAGUGGCAGGAAUAGAGACUCCUGCAGAUGCACCUGUGGAUACACCUGCAGAAGCCACUGCAGAAGAAGCCCGUACAGAAGCUCCAACAGAGCCUAAGCCAGAAGAAAAUAUGGUUCCAGCUCCGGCCCCACCCCAAGAGCCAGAUAUGAACAACCUUCCGCAAAAUCCGAUGCCUGCUCACCAAAAGAAGCACGCACUCACCGCUAUCAAAGCGGUUAAACGCUUAAAGGAUGCCAAACCUUUCUUGAAGCCAGUGGAUAUUGUCGCCUUGAACAUUCCUCUCUACUAUAACUACAUCCCUCGUCCAAUGGACCUCUCGACUAUCGAGAGAAAGUUGAACGUAGAUGCGUAUGAGACUCCCGAACAAGUGACCGAUGACUUCAAUUUAAUGGUCAACAACUGUAUCAAGUUCAACGGUGAUAAGUCUGUGAUUGCACAAAUGGCUAGAAACAUCCAGGCCUCUUUCGAGAAGCAUAUGCUAAAUAUGCCUUCCAAAGACGCACCUCCUCAACAGCAAAAACGCACAAAGGCAAACCCUGACCAACCGGUGGUGAUCAGAAGAGCACCAUCGCAGUCAGGCAGACCGAAGCGUGAAAUCCAUCCACCAAAGACCAAGGAUAUUUAUCCCUACGAAAGUAACAAGCCUAAGUCUAAAAAGCACCAAAUGGAGAUGAAGUUCUGUCAACAAGUCCUAAAGGAAUUGCUCUCAAAGAAGUACUCGUCGUUUAAUUAUCCAUUCCUUGAGCCAGUGGAUCCAGUGGCAUUGAAUUGCCCAACCUAUUUCGAUUUCGUCAAGGAACCCAUGGAUCUCGGUACCAUCCAGAAAAAAUUGAACAACUGGGAAUAUCAGACCGCUGAAGAAUUCGAGCACGAUGUUAGAUUGGUGUUCAAGAAUUGCUACGCUUUCAACCCAGAAGGAACUAUCGUUAACAUGAUGGGUCAUCGUCUAGAGGACGUUUUCAAUUCUAGAUGGGCUGAUAGACCAGUGAUCCCUGACGAAGAAAGUGCGGACGAGGGUGGUGAAUCGGAUGAUGGAUAUGAAUCGGAAGAGGCUUCUGAAGAAGAACAAAUCGACGAAACUCAAAUUACUAACCCUGCUAUCCAAUACCUAGAACAACAGUUGGAAAGAAUGAAGAUAGAAUUGCAACAGUUGAAGAAGCAAGAACUCGAGAGAAUCAGAAAAGAAAGAAGAGCAGCCAGGGGUGCAUCCAAGUCAAAGAGAAGAGGCAAGACAGGCACCAAGAGAAAGGCAGCUGGAAAUGGUAAAUCUGCUGCGUCUUCAGCAUCUUCUGGUGGUAAGAGACGUAAGAAGAACCCAUUAAAGGCUGUCGUCACUUACGACAUGAAGCGUACCAUUAGUGAGAGAAUUGGUGAUUUGCCCGAAAGUAAGCUUGAAAAGGCUGUAGAUAUUAUCAGAAAGUCCAUGCCUGAAAUCGGUGCAGAUGACGAAGUGGAGUUAGAUAUUGAACAACUUGACGAAAACACUAUUCUAACGUUGUAUAACACUUUCUUCCGCAAGUACGAUUCCGCUAACAAUGGUUAUGCUGGAGUGGACGAUGGGGUUCUGUCCGUUUCUUCUGAAACUGACUUGAGACACAGUUCUUUGUCACCAAACUCUACAAAAUCAAAGGGCAAACGUCGGAGAAGUAAAGCAUUGAGCGAAGAGGAGCAGAACAAUCAAAUACAGCAGAUUAAAAACAAAUUAGCCUCUUUCAAUGCAAACUCUCCAAUGAGUCCAAACACUUUGAACGCUCUAGCUCAUCAACACCAUCAACAACACAGUAACGAAUCCUCGUCUGAAGAUGACAUGAGUAGCGAGAGCGAGGAAGAGUAA